UGCCUGGAGGUCCCCUCACUCCCUCCCAAUCGGCGGCAUCAUGGCGACCGUGUGGCGCGGCGGCGCCGCAGCAACAGCAGCAGCUGCAGCGCUGAAGCGGGUGGUGACCGUUCGCCUCACGCCGAUCGGUGCUAGGUCCCGCUCGUCAGAGAGCGAGAAGCGGAGCGGUUUCGCCGCAGCCUACGAGCAGCACUCGGACCUGCUGGAGAAGCCGCAGCUGGGCGACAGGACGGUGUCUACACAGAAUGUAAAGUCAUUUUCCUCAUUAUUGAGGCACUCCCCUCUGAUGCAGAUGGGCCCUGCCAAAGAUAAAGUCGUCAUUGGUAAUAUCUUCCAUGUAGUGGGUGAUGACCUUUACGUUGACUUCGGUGGCAAGUUUCACUGUGUGUGCAAAAGACCAACAGUAGAUGGAGCGAAGUAUCAGAGGGGAGCAAGAGUGCGUUUGAAGCUUGUUGAUCUUGAACUGACCUCGCGCUUUCUUGGGGCCAAGACCGACACGACUCUGCUGGAGGCUGAAGCUGCUCUCCUUGGGUUGCUGGACACCAAAGAUUCAAAGCAAAGAGAAUGAAUUUAUAGAUUGUGACUUGAUGUGGUUUUGCUUCUUUUAAUAAUGUAUAUUUCUUGCUUUACUAUUUAAAAAGAAAAAUAAACACAUUACGAGGUA